CAUCAACCGCCAUCUUCCUUGCAGAAGGGAAAAUUUUUCUGAUUUUUCUUCUUGCUUAGUUUGUGUCAUGGCCUUUGAUUUAGCUGGCAGAAUCGCUGUUCGUUUUGUUCGUGUAUCUGUAGGCAUUGGAGCUGGUGGGCUUUUUCUAUACCACACAGUACCACAUGCUUUGCCAGUGAACAUUUGUCUCAGUGCUUUUGGUUCAGAAGGAGAAAAUGUUUCUGAAUCUUGUCGAGAACAGUUCAAGGAAAGAGCGCAAAAAAUGAACCUAAAGAACCCUGAUAGAGUCACUCUGUUCGUGAAUAAAGGCUUCAGUGGCUUCAGUGCUGGUUCGACAUCGUUACCAACUGGAGCUGUUGUAGGGAUCCCUGGUUGGUAUCAGUUUAAAACUCCUGAAGAUGUUAUGAAUUCUCCUAUAAAUUUCAAAGGAAGGACAAUAAAAUGGGAAUCUGAAAUGGGAUCUCAGAUCAAAGAUUCACUAAUCUCCACUCCUGAGAAUAUUUCUUUUACUAUUGGACAUGAAAUAGCUCAUCUACAAUCCCCUGAGUAUAAAGUAAUAAAUGCAGUUCUUUCGCCAUCAUGGUUACUUGCUACUUAUAAGUUAGCAUCAGUUACCCCCAGACUAGCAGCUUUGCCUGUAUUGGUUGACGUAAUCCUUAAGGUGUGUAUUCUCAGGCUUAGUUACCUUGGUUACAAACGUGUUACCAAGGAGAUCCAACAUAAGGAGGAAUUUUUAGCAGAUGAAAUGUCGGCAAGAACUGAUUUGGAAGCAGCUUUGGGAGGGGUCAAUUACUUAAGCAAGAGGUUACAAUUGAAUCAAGUGCUACGAGCUCUCCAUGGCGACCAAGGUUUGUCAUACUAUGACGAAGAUGGAAAUGAAAUUAAGAUGCAACAGCAUCCAAAACUAACUGAGAGAAUUAAGAAAAUACAGCAGAUAGUUGAUGAACACUUGAAGAAAGAGAAUGAAGGUUUGUUAGAAGAUGAUCAGAAUUAAUGGGGAGCUUCUACACUAAUUCUGGCUUGAACACCAAGGGCACAACUUUGACAUGCCAUUCAUGCCACCAUGUUUUUUCUAGAAAUACUGUACCUCUGAUACUUUACUUGUGGGCUGGAGUUGAGUAUUUCACACUGUCUUAAAGUGUUAUCCAAAGUGGAAAACAAAUUGAUAGCUUCUUCGUAUCAAACUACAGUAACAACCAUUUUAAGAUAUAUAUAUACAGUACAAAGCUGUUUUUAGACCAUUUUGGUGUUUAUGUCUACUUAACUCUGUUUAUAUUUACACUAGACUUUAGCUCUGGUUAAGACAGUAAAACCCUCUUAACCAGUGUUAAAGGUGGGCUGCAUGCCUGCCGACUGUAUGGGACAUUUACACUGUAUUUGUUCUACUCUUCUCUUUUCUUCUCUUCUCUUCUCUUCUCUUCUCUUCUCUUCUCUUCUCUUACAUACAUUACAUAAGAUACAGUAACGAUGAAAAGGUAAA